GUAAGAUAAGUUAUCAUUAAAUACAUCCUGGGCUCUGGGCAUUUUUAAAGGGAGAAAUUGAAGAGUCAAUUCCUUAUAUUGUGCUGCUGGAAUAUUGAUUUUGUUAUUUUUGUUUCUAUGAAGCAGUACAUGUAAACAUCAAACAGUGGCUGACUGCUUGUUUCUUGUCUUCUAGGAUAGUAUAAAUGUAAAUUACCCAGUUGUACCACAGAAGGUAAAGGGAAGUCUAGUUCGUAUUAGCCAAAGUCAGAAAUUUUAUUUUUCAAUUUCUAAGUAAACAACGAAUGUUAAUUAAACCCUUCAAAAAACAGCCAGCUUUGAAAGCCUGAUUGCUGUGGCUGCUUACUCUUAAAGCUUUGGCUACCUGUGAUACUGAUAUUAGAUAUUUAGAGUAUGAAUACCUUUGAGGCCUUUUUUGUAAAUUCUUAUCAGAAAUGCCACUUCAACUGCUUCUUAAUGGGAAGAAACAGUAGUUUCAUGUUUCUUAGAAAGUCAGAUACAAAAAUAACGUGCAGUAGAGGAGAUAGUUACUUUUCCAUUUUGAGCUUCAGUUUACACAAAAUAAGAAGCAGUUUUGUGUAAAGUGGGACCACGUUUAGAACAUAGGAAAGGUACUUAAUCUGUAGGAACCUCUCAUUAGUCGGUCAAUAUGGAAAUUUGCUGCUGCUUUUCCGGACAAAAGAGGCUGGGGAGAAAGUAAACAGUGUGGAAACAGCAACUUGAAAAAGUCAUAAAUGCCAUUUGUCUUGGACAGUAUAUUUACUACUGACUCCUACAAGGUUUUUUUCUAUUAGGGAAGAGAAUACAUUGUCUCUGGGCAUACUGCAGGCAGACAGGAAAAGAUGUAAAAUUACUAAAUUGUUUGAUGUUCUUACAUAGAACUCGCUUUAGUGAAAUAUUCCCUACAACUCUUAAAUAAGAUGAGCCUCGUCUGAAGUGGUACCUCAGAUGGAGUGGAAUUGUCUGAGGACUCUGCUGUUAUUAAACUUGUGAAUGUCUUAUUGCCCAGGCAAGGGUUAAGUUUUUUUCAGUGAGUGCUAAUUUUCUUUAUGAAAGGGUAUGAUCAUAAGUGAUUAAAUGGUCAAUUUUGUCUUAUAAAAGGUUUAUUUUUAACUUUUUGGAUAGGAUACAGAACACACUAGCACUGUGGGUUUUGUAUUGGAAAAUACUAAUAUCUAAUGCCAUCUUCUAAGUGUAAAUUAGAGGCUCUGUAUUGUUGCUGCUCUCAAGUUCUGAAUUUCAUAUUCCACAUAUGGCAGUGACCUCAGGGGGUUGAUUGGAUUUCAAGCUCUGAUCACAAUGGAUAGGCCAUGACAGCAAGUCUCAUUCCAUUGUCAGGAGCAAAAUUGGUUUCUUUUUGUGAACUAUUGGAAUUGAACUGGAAAAGCAGCUCUAACACCAGCAAAUGUUCCCAAUUGUAGCUAUGCCUGCCAUGGAUGUAUUUAAUGGAUAUUUACAACUCACCUAAAUUUCCUAAGUACUGUAUGUUUUUGACCAUGAAUUGAGUAUGAAUUCUAUAAAGUUACUUCGCAGAACUACCUAGUGAACUGUGCAUGUUGAUGUGCUUUCACUUUUAAUGUAUGAAUUACCUGUCUUGUUCAUGUCAAUACAGCCUCAGCAUCCUCGUGGGGGAACACCACCGUUCCCAGAUUCACAGAUAUUUUUCCCAAACGUUCAUGAACGGCCGGUGUCUUUCUCGCCACCACCUGUCUGCCCGCCGAAGGUGGCAAUUGCUCAGCGGCGCAAGAGCACUUCAUUUUUGGAAGCCCAAACUUGCCACUUCCAGCCAUUGCUGAAGACUGGCCAGAGUUUAGUUCCACCUGGUGGUAGUCCCACCAAUUGGACUCCAGAGGCAUUUGUUAUGCUGGGCACAGCAGCUCAGAGAGUCGCUGGAGAGCCUCUGCAUGUGCAAGUUAAUCCUGUGUUUGAGCAAGCUCCUGUCCACAGUGACUAUAGAUCUGGACCAGCACCUCCAGAGGAUGCUCACUACAGGAUGCAUCCAGAAGCUGUGUAUCUGGUGGGCAUGCACUAUCCAUCACAGGUAUCGGAGCAGUAUGAUCCAGUAGCUUAUACCUCUCACGCGACUGAACAGCAUUUGAAGCAGGUCUCUGAGUCAAACCAUGGGCAAGGUGGUCCUCCACAAAGCUCUGUGUUCGACUUUCAAUCGGGGCAAACAUACCUGGCAAGACACAUUCAGAACCUGAGGCUGGAUUCUGGGGUGGGUCCCCUUUCUCCAUUAUCCAGUGUUUCAGCUCCCCUGAGUGCAGAGCCAGCUCAGAUGACGUUCCACCAGGUAUUUGUUCCGCACUCGGCCCCGGCUGUGCUCUCUCACAGUGCUGAUGGCAGAGCGAGCUGUGUCUUUGAGUUCCAUGUGCACACACAGAGCUCUGCUCCGGCAGAAGGGGCAGCUUUACCCCCACGGGCCUACAGGAGUCGCCGGGGCUCUAUGGAGAGCGGCCAAGAGGAGUCCAGCCAAGGCAUAGGGUCGCAUGGUCGGCUUCAGCCUGUGACAGAGGAGCAGUGUAACUAUCUUGGUGCUGGGCUAGCGGGUCCCAGAGGGGGCUCUGCCAGGCGCAGCUGGCCAGAAGGAAGCCCAGAAUACUCCAGUGAUUCCUCACAGCUGACUUCCUCUGACACUGGUGAUUUCCAGUCUCCUCCCCCUACAGGGGGAUCAUCUUCUGCUUUUGGUUCAGACUUCUCAUUGCCCAUUGUUCAGCUGCCUCAGAAGGUGUUGCAGGAGUCGCAGCUCUUCAUCUGCUACCCCCAGGGAGCCUCAACUCAGCAGGCCUUGUCCACCUCGCUUUCAUCAGGACCACCUGCAUCCUAUCCUCAGGUUACAGGAGCAAACCCUUCCACAAUUUCACUGCUUUUUAUAAGUCAUACUAAAAAGGAAACCUUGCUUUUAGACCUGCUCCAUGUGGUUCUAAGAAUUAGCAUUCGUGGGGGUGUCUUUCCACUGAGUCUAUACUAGGAUCUCUUUAACUUAAGCAGGUUGCUAUGAAAUAAUGAGGCAUUAGCAACCAUUUGGUCUGUGUUCAGAUUUGGCUGAAAUAUUGGCAGGGCUGUUGUGUUAAAAGUAAAAAAUGGUCAGUAUUCCUCCUGGGACUGGCUGUUCUUUUGGUGAGAGAUUGCAGGAGUACCAAAUUGGCUUUUAAACAGUGGUUUUAAUGAAACGUAUCUUCACAGUCAGAAUCAGCAGUGGUAGUACAACUUGCUUUGUGUUUCUGUUGCUGCUCUUUAGCCAUUUUAAUGUGUUUAUUAGAGGUUGAAAUUUCAUACAAAUAAUGUUUCUUUAGACAACAAGGUUAUUUUGGUGACUGUCCAAAAUGCAAGAGCUUUUUCUAGACUUGGGGAAAGAAAAUGGGAAGAGAGGAAUGGAAGGAGCUGUGUUAUGUAUGUGUACAUGGAUUUGGAAAUGUAUUUGUUGAAGAAGUAUUUGAAGAAGCUAAACAGUGUGAGUAGUCAAUUAAUGGCACAAACAACUGUUGCUAGUUGGUAUUGCCACCCUAUAAGCCUUAUAUAGUGUCCUUUUAAAUAGCAAAAUUUGAGGCCUGAAGCUUAGUUUGGAGAUGUGUGUUUUAUCAGCAUAUGUGAUAUUUGCAUUUGCAAUGGUCACUCUUCUGUACACUGUGAGGUGUGUGUCUAUAUACAUUGUGUCUGCACUCCUAGUCUGAAGUCUCAUAACUUUCUGUGAAAAGAGAGGAUUUACUUUAAGUAGACUUCUCUCUAACAUCUUUUGUCCUUGGAAUUGGGGGCUUUGACAUUUUAGUUUCUGGAGUAUUAGCAACUUUGGGAUUUGUGUGAAGAAGAAUAAUAAUUUUCCUGUGUUAAGAUCAAUAGCUAAGUAUUUAAGGCUUUCUGUAAGGGAUAUUAAAGGUGUUUUAGUAAAGCUGGAACAGCUUUCAUCACUAGUCUAAUAGGUAACAAUUGCUGUGCUGUAGAGAUUGUAGUAUGAAUCUGCUCCUCAAAACUUUGGAAACUACAUGGGGAUUUUUUUCUCCAUAAACCUUUGUUAAAUUCAGGAGGGCAAUUCUGAUGGAUAUAAAAUACGUCUGGAAAACAAAAAAAGAGAUCACUUUUUUGGCAAAAUAUAAGUUCUGGAAUCUUUUACCUAAUUCAUUAGAAGGUUAGAAUUUGAAACCCUGAGUCAAUGUCAGCACGUUGCAGCAUGUUACAGCAGUGGGAUGUAGCACAUGUGUACAUCCUAGCAAGGAAGGGCCUGAAGCUUCUGAAACAGCAAAGAAAAAAAUGGUUCUCUUCAAUGGCAGUCUCCUUUCCCCAAAGUUUCCAUAAUUAGAAAAGUAUGGAAUUUUAACAGAAUUAGGAAUUUUGUUCCUAAUGAGCUUCUGCAAGCUGAAUGAUCACAACAUUAAGGAAUUUUCAUAGAUAUUUCUGGUAUGAUACAUAUGCACCAGAUAUGCUUCUUACAAAGGCAGUUCACCCAAGUGGUACAUGCUGAGGGAACUCAUCUUGAGGUCUUUGUCUAGUUCUCUCCCAAGAGCUGAUAAAGAAAUACAGUUGUCACAAAAAGCAAUAAUGCAGAUCCUGGGAUCUGAUAAAAACAAUUCAGCCACA